CCACGCUGACAGCUCUGCAGGUAAACAAAGAGAAGGCAUGUGAACCAAUACGACGUGAUAAAGCUCAGGGGGGUCUGCACACAAAUGCAGGAUGCACCCAUGUGCAUGUGAGCUAAACCCAUUGACAGAGAGGAGACAAGCCAGAGACAAAGAGCCAUGUCACAAAAGGAGCUGGAAGAUUACUGUCUUUUAUACAGUGGCCCGACCCACCAUGUCGAUUUCCUUGACUCCUUCAGGACAUUUUAUAAAGAAGGUCUCUUCACCGAUGUCACGUUGAUGAGCUCCUCCGGUAAGAUUUUUCAGUGCCAUAAGGCUGCUUUGGCUGCCUGUAGCCACUACUUCAAGGUAAUGUUCACAGCGGACAUGAAAGAAAAGUCCAACAGUCAGAUCAAGUUGUCUGGCAUCGAUCACUCCACCCUCGAAGCUCUACUGAAUUAUACUUAUACUGCACAGAUUAAGAUAACAACUAAAAACGUCCAAUGUCUUCUGCAAGCGGCUGACCAGCUCCACUUCGUAUCGGUCAAAGAGGCUUGUGAACAGUUCCUGGUGAGACAUCUGGAUGUUGACAACUGCUUGGGAAUGCAUUCUUUUGCCGAAUUUCAUGUGUGUCCGGCUCUGGAAAAGGAAUCUAGAAGAAUCAUUGUAUCUAGGUUUCAAGAAGUUUGGACUCAAGAUGAGUUUGUGGACAUUGGUGUUGAGAAGCUGCUGUAUAUCUUCUCUCAGAAGAACCUCAAUGUGUGGACGGUGGAGGCUCUUCUGCAACCUCUGGUUAGGUGGAUUGCACACGAUUCCAGGAAUCGCCUAGAACAUAUUUACAAACUGUUGAGAUGUAUUAAAGUUGACGUAGAUGAAAAUUAUCUCAGGAACUCUUUGGAGCUGCAUAAGAAGAACUUGCUCAAAGAAAAUAAGAUACACUCUUUACUCUGCUACGCUUUACGGACUAAAUCACAAGAAGUGCCCAAAAGAUCAACAGCCAACAUGUUUAUAGUUGGGGGCUACUACUGGCAUCCCUUAUCUGAAGUGCACAUCUGGGAUCCUAAGAGCAACCACUGGGUUCAGGGAGCAGACAUGCCUGAUCAUACCAGAGAGAGCUACAGUGCCGCCAGUUUAGGACCUCACAUCUACAUCACCGGUGGCUACAGGACAGAUAACAUAGAGGCGCUGAGCACGGUGUGGAUUUAUAACACAGAGACAGAUGAGUGGACAGAGGGGUGUCCGAUGCUUCACGCAAGGUACUAUCACUGCUCCGUCACACUGGAUGGCUGCGUUUACGCUUUAGGUGGUUACAGGAAAGGAGCUCCUGCCCAAGAAGCAGAAUUUUAUGAUCCAUUAAAAAAGGCCUGGUUUCCCAUUGCAAACAUGGUAAAAGGUGUGGGAAACGCGACCGCCUGUGUGCUGCGUGAUGUCAUCUAUGUCAGCGGAGGUCACUAUGGGUACAGAGGAAGCUGCACGUACGAUAAAAUUCAGAGCUUUCACGCGGACCUAAAUGAAUGGAGCGUCUUAUCUGUGUGUCCACACCCAGAGUAUGGACUGUGCUCCAUUGCACUACAGAAUAAGCUUUACCUGGUCGGAGGACAGACUACAACUACUGACUGCUAUGAUCUUGACAGCAAUCAGUGGGUCGAGUUGGCGCCAACUAUGGAGCGGAGGAUGGAAUGUGGCGCGAUUGUCAUGAAUGGAUUUAUAUACAUCACUGGCGGCUACUCCUGGUCUAAAGGCACCUACCUGCAGAGCCUAGAGAAGUACAAUCCUGAAUCUGACAAAUGGGAGCUGGUGGGAAAUCUUCCUAGCCCUAUGCGUUCCCAUGGAUGUGUCUGUGUAUAUAACGUAUAGGAACACGCAAUGAGUCUUGUAGCAAAUCAUCCAAUGUGAAGUCUAAGACGUCUGCUCAGGUCCAUGGGGUUAAACGGGUCCCAAACUAUUAGUCAACUGGCAUUGGUCAAAUACGUUGACUGGACUUAGUGAUCAAGGUGCCCUGCAUCCAGUCUGGCAUGCUGUGAACUCACUCUAGAAGGGAUUGUCCCAGAAUUUGAUAUUGAUGACCUAUUCUGGCCGAGCAGCUGGUUGAAGAGGCCGCAGUGCUCUGGUGAGCGCUGCGGCCUCCUCACAGCUUACCAAGCACAGCGCCGUACAUUGUAUAGUGGUUGUAUUUGGUAUUGCAGCUCAGGUCCAUUCACAGGAGUAGAACUGAACCGCCAAGGCCAUGUGACAGAAGAACCCAGGGUUGGACUGGCCCAUCAGAGUACCAGGUGGGCCCAAGCUCUGAC